AUGAAGUCGUACACUCUCCCCAUCGUUUCAUUGCUGGGCUCUGCCUACGCUGCCUCCCAUUCCGUCGACGUUGGUGAGGACGGUCUGGUCUUUUCUCCCAACUCGACCACUGCUGCUGUUGGUGACACUGUCACUUUCCACUUCUACCCUCGUGCCCACGGUGUGGCUCGCAGCAGCUAUGCUAGCCCUUGUGCGGCCAUGGACAAUGGCUUCAACUCUGGCUUUGUCAAGGUUGCAAGCGGCGAGUCGGACACGACGUUCACGAUCACCGUCAACAAUACUGAUCCGAUUUGGUAUUAUUGCCCGCAAGGAGAUCAUUGUCAGGCUGGCAUGGUUGGUGUGAUUAAUCCUCCGUGA